GAGGGGAAUAGACAGCCAUUACCGAAUCACAGUCGUGGUAUUCAUCGCUUCCUUGUCCCGGGUCAGUACAAACGGCUGAGUAGCAGCCCUAAUCAGACCGUCUGUACCUAAACGUGCUUCCGAAAGAGGAAAGACGCUUGUCGUGAGGAGGGCGACUCGAAGAGCCACAGCAUCCCUGUCUCUGUAACCCCGUAAAACAUUCCGACUCGAGGACCGCUAUUCCCCGUCCCUCUCUUUUUCCAGCCCUCCGGCGUGAUGGAGUCCUCGGACGAGGAGACACUGAGCGAGCGCUCCUGCAUUAGCGAGAGGAGCGAGCGGUCUUUGCGUAGUGAGCGCUCGGGGGGCUCCCUGUCCCCCUGCCCGUCCGGGCCCCAGGGCCCCCCUGGGGACACCCUACCUUGGAACCGACCGUCCAGACACGAGAGAGGAGAGAGGAGGAAGAGGAAGACCCACGACUCGGUGCUGGACCCGGCGGAGAGGGCGGUGGUGCGUGUUGCUGAUGAGCGAGACCGGGUGCAGAAGAAAACCUUCAUGAAAUGGGUCAACAAACAUCUCAUCAAGGUGAGGAAGCACAUCACAGACCUGUACGAGGAUCUGAGAGAUGGACACAACUUGAUCUCCCUCCUGGAGGUCCUCUCUGGAGUCACCCUGCCCAGAGAAAAGGGUCGCAUGCGAUUCCACCGGCUCCAGAAUGUCCAGAUCGCCCUGGACUUCCUCAAACAGAGACAGGUCAAACUGGUGAACAUCCGGAACGAUGACAUAACAGAUGGCAACCCCAAGCUGACACUGGGCCUCAUCUGGACCAUCAUCCUGCACUUCCAGAUCUCUGAGAUCUAUGUGAGCGGGGAGUCUGGGGACCUGACCGCUAAGGAGAAGCUGUUGUUAUGGAGCCAGAAGGCCUCUGAGGGCUGGCCUGGCCUCCGCUGUACCAACUUCUCCUCCUCCUGGAGCGACGGGCGCAUGUUCAACGCCCUGCUCCACCGAUUCAGGCCAGAUCUGAUUGACAUGGAGGUGGUGGCACAGCAGAGUAACCUUGACAACCUGGAGCAGGCCUUUGAGAUCGCCGAGUCGCUAGGGGUGACCAGACUACUGGACGCUGAAGAUGUGGACGUUCCGUCUCCAGAUGAGAAGUCGGUCAUCACAUACGUCUCCUCCAUCUACGAUGCCUUUCCCAAGAUCCCAGAGGGAGGAGAGGGCAUCGCAGCACACGAGGUGGACCACCGCUGGGCAGAGUACCAGUCUUGUUUCUCCAUGCUGCGCCAGUGGAGCCGGCAGCACACGGCCCUCAUGGCCAACAAGAACUUCCCACUGGACCCUGUGGAGCUCAAGGCACUUUACAAUGAGUACGUCCAUUUCAAAGAGACGGAGAUCCCUGCCAAGGAGCUGGAGAAGAGUGGCGUUGAACACCUCUACAAACUGCUGGAGGUAUGGAUGGAGUUUGGGCGCAUCAAGCUGCCCCUGGGCCUGCACCCCAACGACCUGGAGGAGGAGUGGGGCAAGCUGAUCCUGGAGAUGCUGGAGAGAGAGACCCUGCGGCCCGCUGUGGAGAGACUGGAGUUAUUGCUGCAGAUGGCCAAUAAGAUCCAGAACAUGGCCCUGGACUGUGAGGAGAAACUUACCCUGGCCAAGAACACACUGCAGGCUGACAUGUCCCGGGUGGAGAGCGGCGAGGCGGUGCGUUGUGAGAGGGAGCUGGGCUUGUACCUGCAGGACUGUGAGGUUCUGAUCAGACGGCUCAACGUGGACCUCCAUGUCCUCCGAGACCAGAAGUACUACCAGGUGGAGCAGCUCGCCUUCAGAGUGUCCUGUCUCCACGAGGAGCUGGUCUCUCUCCGGCUCCAGUGCUCCAGCGUCUACAGGAAGGGUCACUUCUCCCCGGUGACGGGGGGAGACCGGACGGCCCCGCGGGGGAGCGACAGUGGUCUCUCCCUGGCCACGGGGGACCAGACCCUACUGGGGGCAGUGGGGGUGAUGGGGGCAGCCUUGCUCAGGAGACCCAUGUCCCGCUCUCAGCUGGUGGCCAUGUCAUCCUCGGAGGACGAGGGGAGUCUCCGGUUCGUCUAUGAGCUCCUGGGAUGGGUGGAGGAGACGCAGGACAUGCUGGAGCGUGCAGAGUCAGGGGCGGACCUGCCCUCCGUAGAGCAGAACCUCCAGGACCACCAGAACAUCCACACUGCCGUGGAGGAGCUCCUGCACAGCCUGAAGGAGGCCCGCAACUACGAGACGAAAGUCUCUCGUAACUUCAGAAGCAACUAUUCUGACACUCUGGCCAAGCUGGAGCAGCAGUACUGCAAACUACUGGAAAACUCAUCGUGGCGUAUGCGCUGCCUGGAGAGCCUGCAUGCGUUUGUGUGUCGCUGUACAGAGGAGCUGAUCUGGCUCAAUGAGCGAGAAGAGGAGGAACUGGCCUACGACUGGAGCCACAACAACACCAACGUCAACGCCAAGAGAGAUCUAUACGCCGAAAUGAGGUCAGAGCUGGAGGAGAAACAGGAAGUGAUGCACUCGCUGCAGGAAACGGCCGACCGGCUCUGUCAGGAGAACCACCCGGCCAAACAGACAGUGGAGGCGUACAGUGCAGCGCUGCAGACCCAGUGGCAGUGGGUACGCCAGCUGUGUGUGUGUGUGGAGCAGCAUCUCAAAGACAAUACUGCCUACUUCCAGUUUGUGAGUGACGCACGGGACUGCGAGACGUACCUGCGUCAGCUCCAGGACACCAUAAAGAGACAGUACACCUGUGACAAGAGCAGCAGGCUGGGCAAGCUGGAGGACCUGCUGCAAGACUCUAUGGAGGAGAAGGAGCAGCUGAUUGAGUACCGCAGCUCUGUGGCCAGCCUGGUGGGCCGGGCCAAGACGGUGGUGCAGCUCCUCCCCCGCAGCGCCGAGAGCACCCUGGGAAGCACCACGCCCAUCCGUGCCAUCUGUGACUACCGGCAGAUAGAGAUCACCAUCAGCCGAGGUGAGGAGUGUGUGUUGGAGGACAAUUCUCAGAGGACUAAAUGGAAGGUGAUCAGCCCCAGUGGGAAUGAGGCCAUGGUGCCGUCAGUCUGCUUCACCGUACCACCGCCCAACCAGGAGGCCAUGGACACCGCCAGCAGGAUGGAGCAGCUGUACCAGAACGUGAUGUCUCUAUGGCACAAUCUACACGUCAGCAUGAAGAGUGUGGUCUCCUGGCACUACCUGCAGAAAGACAUCAGGACCGUCUCCUCUUGGAGCCUGGACACGGUACGUUCUCAGACCCCUGUGGCCAGGGACCAGGCUCUGAACCAUUUGGAGGCCCACCUGGCUGACUUCCUCUCUGACAGCAAAGAGAGCGUCCUCUUCAACCCCGCUGAGAGACGCGAGCUGGAGAGAGACGCCCAUACCGCCCAGGAACACUGCCAGGACCUGCUGGUCAACAUGGAGACAGUGGAGAAGGAUGAGUCUGUCUCUCGGUCCUACCUGUCAGAGCUCCAGAACAUUAAACUGCGUCUGGAGGAGGCGGAGCAAAAGCUGAUGUGCGGCAUUCAGACUCUGCCCCCUAGCAACCUAUCGAGCAACAGCGUCGACAACACUGUUCAAAUUGCAGAGCAAGAGAAGCUGCAGUCGGACCUGGAUGGUCUGCGGACCAGUCUUGGCGAGGUGUCGCGUCGCUGUGUGAGUUUCUUUGAGGAGAAGCCCACCUCCUCCACUGUUCCCGUGCUGCGCUCUGAACUCAACCUGGCUGUGGAGAAGAUCGACAGACUACACAACCUCUCCUCUGUCUACCUGCGCAAGCUGAAGACAGUGGAUGUGCUGAUCCACAGCUUGCAGGCCGCAGAGAGCCAGGUGAAGAGAUACGAGAGCAGGCUGAGUGAGGAGGACAUCGUCCCUGCAGACGCCAACGCCAUCCAGGCCCUACGGGAACAACUGAGGACGUGGCAGUCGGAGCUUGAGGACCAGGAGGGGGUGUUGAGCUCCCUGCAGUCGGUGGUGCAGAAGGCCCGAGAGGCGGGGACUCAGCUGAACAGGCUCCACCCAGACCGCAGCCCGGAGCUGGAGCGCUACCAGGAGAAAUCCGCCCAGCUCACCGGGAGGUGGGCCGGAGUCAAGAGACAGAUGGACACACGGCGAGCCGAGCUAAAGGCCCUGGGCUCAGUCCUGCAGCAGUACAGAGACGAACACUCUGCUCUGAUCCACUGGAUAGAGGAGACCACUGAGAGACAGGAGAACACCCAGCCUGGACAGACUGACAGCAGAGUCCUGUCUGAACAACUGGCAGAACAAACGGCAUUAGUAGCCGAGAUCGAAAAGAACCAGACCAAACUAGACGAGUGCCAAACCCACUCCAAACAGUACUGCACCUCUGUCAAGGACUACGAGCUACAACUGAUGACAUUCAAAGCCUUUGUGGAGUCGACCCAGAAAUCCACUGUUAAGAGGAGGAGGAUGCACUCUUCAUCAGACGCCAUCACGCAGGAGUUCAUGGACUUGCGCACACGCUACACAGCCCUGGUUACCUUGACGACGCAACACGUCAAGUACAUCAGCGAUGCACUGAGGAGACUCGAGGAGGAAGAGAAAGAGGUGGAGGAGGAGAGGCAGCAGAGGGUGGGCCAGGUGUCAGAGCUGCUGGGCUGGGUCAAGGGCCUCCAGGGCACCUCUGCCGAGUCAUCCAUCGCGGCGCAGCAGGCUGUCGGUGAGCAGUUAGCGGCUAAGAAGGAGGAGGUGACUCAGGCUAUCAGGAACACCCAAGUCUUCCUGAUGUCUAAACAGGCCAGCAAGUUGUCCCCAGAGGAACGUGUCCAGGUGACCUCCCAGCUGGAUGAGCUGACGGCCACCUACAGCCAGCUGUGUGACCGUUCCACCGCCCGACUGCAACAGCUGGAGCAAGAGCAGGCCAAAGAGGAGCAGAGAAAGAGCCAAGCUGCCAUUGGCGGAGUUAUUGACCUGGGCACCAUGGAAACUGUCCCAGUCUUCCAAGCUGCUCAGCGUGGCCUCAUUGAUCAGGACACCUGCCAUGUCUUAUUGGAGGCCCAGCUCACCAUGGGUGGGUUAUUUCAGCCUGUCUCCCCUGUGAGCCUAUCACUGGAAGAGGGCUUCAACUGUGGCCUGAUUGAUAGUCUCAUCAGCCAAUCCCUAGCAGAGCUGGAGAGUGCCUUGCAUCUUGUCGACCAGACAGAACAACUGGAGGGCCAGCUCCUUCCAGUGGCUGCAGCCAUGGAGGAGGGCCUUAUCAGAGAGGAGUUGGGGCUGCGUAUCCUGGAGCUGCAGAUGAACACAGGAGGCCUGAGGGAGUUGGGAGGAAGAAGACUGACCCUGGAUUGUGCUGGAGAGAUGGGCCUGCUGAGCCCAAGGGUCUACACCAAGCUCAGGUCACGGGUCAAUCGGCGGGAGCUCGUUGACCCUAACACAGCAGAAAAGCUGAAUCUGUCCGAACUGCAGCAGCGCUGUGUCCUCAGCGAUGACACCGGCUUGUAUCUGCUGCCAGUCAAACAGCAGCCAGGAGGCACCGUCUGCCUCGCUUCCGGCAGGAAGGUUGGGAUUUUCCGUGCUGUCCAAGAGAAUCUGAUUGACAGGCAAGUUACGGUGAGAUUGCUGGAGGCCCAGCUAUUUGCUGGUGGGAUUGCUGAUCCCCGUACGGGACGCCACCUGACUGUGGAUGAGGCUGUGCGUCACAAUCUGAUGGACCAGGAACUGGCCUGUGCCAUGCUGACCCGCCAGCUGCAGAGUGGUGGGAUACUAGACCCUGUAAGUGGGGAGCGCCUCGGGUUGGAGGAAGCCAUCCAGAGGGACCUGCUCUCACCUCAUCUGGCCCUGCUGGUGCUCGAGUCCCUCUGGGCUUUUAUGGGGAUGCUCUGGCCUGAGUCAGGGGAGCUGCUGCCCAUUGCAGAGGCUCUACAACAAGGGGUCAUCUCGGGAGAGCUGGCUCUGAACAUCCUGAGACAACGCCACACGAUAGGUGCCCUGUACCUUCCUGAAACCCCCAAGGUCGUGUCCCUGAAUCAGGCUAAGGAGGUCCUUGAACCCAAAGUGGCUGAGAUUCUGAAAGAGAUUCAGAUCCCAGAUGUGCUUCACAACAUGAACCAGUCAGGCUCCCCAAAUCUAAAUCGCCUAAGCUGGGGCUCCACUGGGUCAUCCCCUCCCUCCUCACCACCUGCCUCUUCCUCAGAGCACACAUGUUUCCCCUCAUUUCUGGAGGAGAUGGCCCCUGAGGAACAGGCACAUCACCACCUGCUUUUCCAUUUAAUGACCCACAGUUAUAUAGAUGCACAUUCUGGCCAGCGCUUAGUGCUGCUCGAGCCUGAGCUGGUGGAACUUGUCAAGGUUGCUACUGGUCUGAUAAAUGUGGAUCAUAUACCUGGAGUGGUGGUGUCAGGGUUGAGUUUGACUUCACAGAGACAGGAGUUUAUGGAAGUAGUGCCAAUUGUAAGUUUGGCGGAUAAUCAGCAGGCAAGGGAAAUCGGAGAGGUCCAGGAAAAGAGUGCAAAAUUCAGCUCGUCUGAAAAAUGUAUUUCCUCCAGAAAGAUGGUAGAAGAAGCUGAUAGUCAAGGAUGGGAUGGUACAUCUGACAUGAUAUUGCAGGCUAAGCAAACUGGAGUUCAGGAGAUGGGACAGGCAGAUGUUUACUCAACCAUGAGAAUAAGUGAGAAGGUAGAUGGAGGUGUACAUAGAGAAGUAAAAGGUGACAAGGAUGAAAUUGUUAUUUUUGAAAGUGUCCUGCCCUCAGCUGGACUACCAGAAAAGCAAUUAAUUACAGGCUCGUAUGAAGAGGGGCUGGUAGAGAUUGAAUCAGAGGGAGCAAGAGAUAGAGGUCACAAAAAGACAAAGGAUACGGACUCAAUCAUGGAAGACAUUGGCGGCACACUUGUAGGAGCCUCAGAAAUGUACUCAGCACCAUUUAAGACCGAGGCAGAGACUCUGAUGCCAACCCAAUCUCAUGCCAACCCUAUUCCACCAUCAGAGACUAAUGAAAAUGACAGCAUGCCUGUGAGUGUUGGAGUUAAACAUACUAUGAAGGAUCCUCAGAGGGUCACAGUGAAGACCCCACCCCAAGUUAUGAGUUUAGAGGCAGCAGCAGUGAAGAGUGAGGAGGAUGUUGAGCUGGAAAGGUUGACCUCAGAGCUUCACCAAGGGGGUCUACUGAUGGAAGGAGGGCAGCGGCUUCUCCCAGAUGAAGCCGUGGCUCAGGGGGUCCUCCCUGGACACACUGCAGUCAAGCUGAUGGCCAAGGCAGGACUUUUCGGAGGUUUCCUGGAUGUCAACGCAUGCGAAUCUCUGAGCAUGGAGGAUGUGAUGCAGGAGGGUCUGCUUGACGAAGACCUGAUGUGGAGUGUGCUGAAAUCAGAGAAAACCCUAGCAGGGGUAGUGGAUGUAGAGAAGGGGAAGAUCUGUACCCUGAAGGAUGCUGCUCAGGCAGGCCUGAUAGACUCCAACACAGCUGCUCGGCUCCUGGAGGCCCAGGUGGUCUCAGGGGGAGUGGUUGACCUGCGAAGGGAUAAGAAAGUGUCUGUUACCCUGGCAGCCAACCUUGGGCUGAUAGAGGAGGACCAAAGAGAAAAGCUAGUUGCGUUGGAGAAGUCAUACCGUGGAAAAUACUCAGACCCAGAUUCAGCGCAAACCAAAGCAACGUUGCAGCUGCAAAUGGAUGGGGUUGUCGAUCCCAAAACGAAGUCACCUGUUCCCCUAAAGCUGGCCCUUGAAAGAGGUUUGCUUGGGCAGGAGGAAGUCUAUCAAGCUUUGUCCCAGCAAGUGGCAGAGGGUGGCAUCGUGCACCACAACUCUGGAGUUAGACUGUCAGUUGCUGAUGCUUUGCUGCGAGGUCUGAUAGACCGUGCCAUUGCCCCAGAACUGGGGGAGUUAGAGAGAGCAUGUCAGGGGGAAGUCGCCCUCUCUUCAAACCCAGAUGCUGCCCUCCUCCAGGCAUCCACAGGUGCCAUUUUGGACCCUGAUUUAAAUUGUAGACUUACAUUGACAGAGGCUGUCUCCGAUGGUCUGCUCGAUGAGAGCACUGCCAAGAAAGCAAUGGUUUCUCCAGGUGUAACACAAGGUUUGUUGGAUCCACAAAGUGCCCAAAUUGUGCCUUACUCAGACCUUGUAAACCAAGGCAAGAUUGACAUUAAGAGUGGAAAGCGCUUCUUGGAAGUGAAGCCUUUCAAGGGAAUCCAGGAUAAGCAAACAGGUGAAAUCCUGAAUUUAGCUGAAGCAAUUGCAUCUCAACAAGUUGAUCCGGUCCCAGCGCUCAGAAUGUUGCAAAGCCAGGCAGACACUGGAGGGAUUAUUGAUAUUUCCAAUGGAGCUAGGCUCCCUCUGCCUAAAGCCUCUAAGAAAGGGCUGGUGGGAGAACACAUGGCCAGGCUCAUUGCCACCAACCAGCUUCUGAAAGGGGGCUUGUUUGACCCUUCCACGGGGCAGAGAGUCUCUAACCUGAAAAAAGCUGUCAAAUAUGGGCUCAUAUCCAGAGAAAUGGCUGCAGAACUCCAGGGCAACUUGGGCUCCACGGAAGUAGAACGUGACAAUGAGGAUAGUUCAACACCCAUUGCCUCUUCAGAUGGGACCUAUAGUCCUGCAGUCACAUUAUCAAUAUCCAGUCCAGACAGCCAAACCAAAAUAAUUGUUGAAAGCGCUGAAGUUUUUUCUCUAUCCCCACAUCCAGAAGAGUCAGAAAAGGGGUAUAAUCCUUUGAUGAUCACAGAGGACAUUGUAAAGACUCUAGAAACUGGAAUGUUCAAGCAGUCAGAAGAUCUGCAACACCAUGGCUCUGUACACAUUGAAGAAGAGAUGGAAGAUGGAGAGGUCUCAAUAGCCGGGAAGUCAUUUGACAUCGAGUCAGACCAGUCAAUCAAUUUGUUGGCUCAGUUUGCAAUCAAUGCGGAGAAAAGGGUUCAGCAGGCCCUUCAGGAGAUGGCGACUCCGCAAGAUGUUACUGUUCGACCACCAGAAAAUUAUAUCAAAAAGGGGUCUAGACCUGUGGGUGAAAGUAAUUCAGUCUUGCAGCAGGGGCGGUCUGCUAUGGGCAUAGAACCACGGAUGGACUCGACUGGGGCCAUUGGCAGAGAAGGUAGGGAUCAGCAGGGCAGCAUAGAUAUUUCUACACUGGUUGAGAGAGCUGAAGGGAAGACAAAUGUGGUCGAAGACGGCACUGAGAGUGUGGUGGAGCAAGGUAGAAUGGAGGUUGAGCGGGACACAAAGAUUGAGGUCACAGAGCGUGAUGAUCUUGGACAUGCAUCACCCCCUUCUAAGGAGGCUGAAGGUAAGAGCAAAAAGAAGAGGAGGAAUAAGAAGAAAGGAAAAGGGGAGGUUGACAUUGAGCAAAGACCCUCAGAAGAAGCUGAUAUUCAGAAAAUGGAAAACAAAGACCAGAAUGUACCAUCUAAGGAAAAGGGUGUUGAGUCCACCAGAGGUUAUGUUACCCCACAUGAGAAAGAGGAGUCCCUUGUGCAAGAUGUUCAAUCUGCACUUGAAAGUGCCAAGGCACAGACUGUUGAGAGGUUUGGAGAUCCAGAAGAUAUUGGCAAAGUAAGGGAAGCUUCUGCUGUUCCGCUUGGAGUUACAGAAGAUGCUCUUGAGGUAGAGAGAGAUGGUACAGAGUAUAAGGUCUUCACCGACCAAAGACGGGUGGAGAAGAACAAAACGUCUAAGAUACCUAUGGCAACAGAGAAGGUUGAACCUGUGACAGAGGAGAUACCAUCUAUCUGUGAUAAAGCAGGUUCUGAAGUGACAGUAACGAAGGGUGUUCUCGACAGCUUAGACAAAAAGUCUAAGAUAACCAUAGUAGCAGAAAAGGUUGAAUCUGUGGCAGAUGAGCGAUCGUCCAUCCAUGAUAGAGUAUCCAUUCAUAAUAGAAUUUCUAAGGAUGAGCAAACGCGGGAAGGCGAGCACAUUGUGGGAAAGAGUGAUUCAGAUGGGGAGAAGACGGUUUCUCAACAGACUGGACAACAGGAGGAUAAGGAUAGAAAAGCGGUGGAAUUCACUCAGAAAACCCCCCGGGCAGCAAAUGACAAAGAAGCCCUUUUACGGAAGGCAAAAGAGAGUAUCCUGAGGAAGGUGUUUGGGCGAGGUGUUAGUGAGAAGCAAGCUGCAGAUGAGCUAGAGGCACUGCGUCAGGGAGUGGGGAAGAAGGAGAGUUUGGUGACAUCUGUAGAGGAAGUUAAGACUGUCGGGAGUCCUGAGGUUUCACCAGAAGAGAGUAAAGGAAUUGACAAGAAGGAAGGAGAAAGAGAGAAAGUUCUGCCUCACCAUUCUAUGAUUCCUGUAGCAGCAGAGGAAGUGGAAAAAGCUCUGCCAUACCAGGUUAAAGGAGGAAUGAAAGAGGAGAAAGUUUUACUAGACCAGGCUAAAGAAGGAGAGAAAGAGGAGAGAGUUCUACCAGACCAGGCUAGAGAAGGGGAGAAAGUUCUACCAGACCAGGCUAAAGAAGGAGAGAAAGAGGAGAAAGUUCUACCAGACCAGGCUAAAGAAGGAGAGAAAGAGGAGAAAGUUCUACCAGACCAGGCUAGAGAAGGGGAGAAAGUUCUACCAGACCAGGCUAAAGAAGGAGAGAGAGAGGAGAAAGUUCUACCAGACCAGGCUAGAGAAGGAGAGAAAGAGGAGGAAGUUCUACCAGACCAUGCUAGAGAAGGAGAGAAAGAGCAGAAAGUUAUACCAGACCAGGCUAGAGAAGGAGAGAAAGAGGAGAAAGUUAUACCAGACCAGGCUAGAGAAGGGGAGAAAGUUCUACCAGACCAGGCUAAAGAAGGAGAGAAAGAUGAGAACGUUCUACCAGAUCAGGCUAGAGAAGGGGAGAAAGAGGAGACGGUUCUACCAUCUCAAACAGACCAGCUUAAAGAGAUGAUGCCGAGAAAGAAAAAUCAGAAGAACAGAAAGUCUAAGAUGCACAGAGUGGUAGAAAAAGUUGACCCUGCGACAGAGGAGAAGCCAUCCAUCCACAAUAGAGCAGAUUCUGAAGUGAAAUCCAUACCGGCGGAUCUUGAGAGCUCCGUCUUUGGGGAUGAGCAGAAGCUUGAGGAGCAGCAUGACAGUAAAUCAGAGGAGCUGAACAAAAUGGCUGCCUCUACCAAGAGUCUUAGUGGAGUUGACGCCAAUCAACAAAGAUCAACCCACACCGCUGCAUCGUACCAAAUCAAUGCACAUCUUGAGGAGAAAACUAAGGAGGAUAUUUCUUUGAGGAGAGAAAUUGACCCACAUGGCAAGGAUAUUGAACAAUUUAGGAUUGGUACACCUGAGAAGGAUGUCCACCUAGACACCCAUUGUGUUAUUGGCGUUGUGGAUGCCUCUCCUGAAGCCCUUGUAUCCAUGUCAGGUGCCCAUCUGGUCAAGGCCUCUGUGGCUCCAGGUACCCAGACUGCUAAGACCACAGAGGAAAUGGAUGCACAUCUGGAGAAAGAUACUGAGGAGGACAGGUCUCUGAGCAAACAAACUGAUCUUCCUGGCAAGGACAUUGAACAACUAAGAAUUAGUACACCUGAGGAGGCAUCUUUGGCACCUGCUGCCCAGCCAGCAAAAACUACUGGCAAAGGGAAGAAGAAGAAGAAGAAGAAACAGCAGCAAGAACAACAGGAGCAGAAACUUGACAGUGAAACUGAGUGUAUUGAGGAACACUCCCUUGAGGAGUCCACAGAAUCAGGACAGUCCUGGUCUGACGAGAGCCCACAGUCUGAUGCAAAUGAGAUGGUUGAAUCUGAUACAACAGAGGUGCCCGAAUCUGAUACAACUGAGAGCUGGGAGGAGGAGGAGGAUGGAGAAAUCCAAGAAUUGGAGAUAAGGAAAGAGAAGAGCCCAGCUAAGACAGGAAAGUCCUCGUUGCUCCGCCAGGAAUUCCUGGAACAUGACCAGCAAAUUGUGGCUCUGCUCUCUAUGGUGAGACACAUCGAGGUUCGCCUCAAGCAGCAGCAGCAACAGUCGAUUGGUCGCAGCCUCAUUGCCCUUGAUGACAUCAUCAAACAGACAGAGACCUUGGAUCUAGAACUUUGGGAUUUAGAAUCCCAGGUCAAAAAGGAAGUGGAUGCUGCUGGGCAGCUGCUGGAGCCCCGCCCACAGGAAGUACCACCUCAGCUACUAUUGGCCUUGGAAAAGGAUGGGCGAAGCUUAGCUCGAGGUUACGAGGCUGCCAGAGGGGUUUCAGAAAGCAUCCUGCAGGGGCUGCGCGCACACAGAGAGGCACAUAAGGAGGCAGUGACUGGGGAACAGAGGUCACUUGGAGGGCGAGUAGAGGAUCUUCUCUCCUGGCUGAAGGAGACUGAGGCACAAAUGACAGGAAUGGAUGGGCAAACUCAGGGCGAGACUCCUCCUCAGUGCACACAACAGCUCCAGCUAUGCAAGGAGUUGCAGUCGUCUCUCUCGGCGCGCUCCAAUGACGUCAACGCGCUUGCCUUUGACAUCCAGGUGUUCAUCUCGGAGCGGGCUCAGGACCUGGCUCCAGAACAGAGCAGGCACCUCCUUGGGCAGCUCCAACAGCUGCAGAGGGGCUUCCACCGAGCCGCUGGCCAAGCCCACGCCAAGAUCGACACCCUCGCCGCCCAGAGAGAGAGGGAGGAGGAGAGGCAGCGCAGGCACAAAGAAAAAGAAGAGGAAGAGAAGGAGAGAGAAAGAGAAAGACAGAGUGCAAGGGAGAGAGAGGUGGUGCAGCAGCACAAAGCAGAGUGCUCACAGAGAUUGGAAGGCCUUACAAUGUGGUUGGCUGGAGCUGCCAGCGUGCUGGCCAAUCAAAGAGCGGGAGCAGAGUCGGGUGACGUGAAUGUGCUGCAGCAGAAACAGAGCGAGCUAAAGGAAGUACAGAAGGACCUGCUGACCAGAGGCGAGGGCGUGGCGGAGACCAUCCGCUCGGUGGAGGAGUUCCUGGCGGAGCACGGUGACAGUCUGAGUCCAGAGGACAGGGCCAACCUCCAGGGGGCGCUGUCCCGUAUGAAGGAGCAGUACAGUGCCCUAACCGACACGGCCGACUCCUCCCUGGCCCAGCUGGACACGGCCAUCAGCACCACCGUCCAACAGAACACACAGCGGGCGAAGGCAGUAGAGGAGCUGCAGGAGACCUGGUGUCAGAUCGACUCGCUGCUGGAGGAGCUCUCCUCCCUGAACCAGCCUGGGAGAAUAGGAACUGACAUGACUGUUACAGACCACCCCUCCUCGCCAGAGGGAAGACUACAAUCGCACAGUGACAUGCUCCAGACGGAGCUCCAGCAGCUCCAGGCCCAGCAGGCCCAGCUGAUGCAGGUGUCCCAGAACGCUCGAUCCCUCCUGGACCAGCCCGACACGGCCGUGCCAGCCGAGGAGAAACGGCGUCUGCGGGACCAGCUAGACCAGCUCCAGACCCAACACCAGGAGAAGCUGCGGGCCUGCCAGGAGAGGCUGAGGCGCUCUGAGGCCCUUAAGGACGAGCUGGCCAAGUUCCUCCAGGAGCACGGAGGCCUGGGGACCUGGCUGGAACAGAGUGAGGGGGAGCUGGGUUCCUUAGGGGAAGGAGAGACGGACGCCCAGGGCCUGAAGGGGAGACUGGAAGCGCACAAGAAGCUGGCGGAGGAUGUGAUCUGCCACAAGGCAGACCUGCGCUUCGUGUCCAUCUCUGGUCAGAAGGUGCUGGACUCUGUCCAGGGGGCUCUGGAGAAGCUAGGAGGGUCUGACCCAGCCCUGGAAGAGACCAAGCAGCUGGUCACGGACAAGCUACAGGAUGCCAACCACCGUUACACCGGGCUGCACACCAAGUCGUCAGAUCUGGGGGGGCGUCUGUCGGGUCUGUUGGAACGCUACCAGCAGUACCAGGACGAGGCUGUGUCGCUCCACACCUGGCUCAGCACCCAGGAGCAGAAUCAGAGUAUAGCCGGACCCGGCGGAGAGACGGACACACAGACACUACAGAACACACUGCGGGCCGUACAGCUGUUGCAGGAUGAGCUGGCGGAGCGGUCAGUCCAGUUGGAGAAGGUGAGGAGGGCAGGCAGAGAGCUGGCUAACACACAGGAGUCCCCCACUCUCAGAGCUGCCGAGAUCAUCAGCACUGCAGAUGGUCUGGAGAAGAGGUUCAGCUCUCUGUCUGAGUCCGUGUCCAAGCGGGCUGAGCAGCUCCAGACGUCCGUAGCCCAGUCGGUCAGUGUCCAGGAGGGACUGACGGGCCUGCUAGCCUGGCUGGACGGCCUGCUGCUGACCCCCGGGCCCGUCCAACCCACCGCCCAGGCUGUCCGGGACGCCCUCACACAGAAUCAGAAACUACGCCAGGAGCUGUUAUCCAGACAGGGCAGUGUGGAGGCCACCUGCGACUCUGUCUCCAAACUGCUCCAGAGCUCUGACGCCUCCACGGCCUCCGGGCUCCAGGGGUCACUAGAGCGCCUGAGCCGGCACUACGCCGCGGCACAGGCCAAGCAGGCCGAGAGGGAGGCUGAGCUCCGGGGGCUCCUGCCCAAGCUGGAGAACUAUGAGAGACUGAGUACGGACCUGCAGGGUUUUACUCAGACCAGGCUGAGAGCUUUGAGCCCCACGGGACAGCCUGACCGCAGUGUGGAGGACUACAGACAGACCAUAGAGGAGUUGAGAGCGGAGCAGGAGCAGGAGGCAGGUCAACUGAAGUCAUUCUGCCAGCUGGGGACAGACCUCAGCCAAGCCAAGGCCCUGACCAGCUCACAGACCCUACUGGACAACGUCAGAGAGGUGUCCGAUGAGUUCGCCCGACUGGAAUCCAACAUCACUGAAAGGAACAACGCCAUCCAGAGUUGUGAGCAGCGGUUGGGCCACUUCCGGUCUCUCUCUGGCUCCCUCCUCAGCUGGCUCCACACAACACAGGAGCGGCUGCCUCCCAAAGAGGCCAACCUCAACGCAGAGUCCCUGCAGAGGAGAGUGCAGCAGCUCGAGGACUUACUGAGCGACUGGGAGGCCCAGGGGAUUCGGGUUCAGGAGCUGAACAAGACUGGGUCAGAACUGGAGACCCUCAUCAUCAACAUCACAGCCCCCCAGGCCAAGACAGGUGUUCCCCAGAUCAAUGGUGCAGACAGCCCCAGCAGGGUCAAUGGCAUUCACACAUGCAAAGACCUGACAGAGAUGCAGGUGGCGGUGGCGGAAGUGAGCGGACGUUACGAGGAGCUGGGAGGGGAACUGAAGAACAGACGGCGGAACCAGGAGGCUUCUCUGGAGCUCCGACAGAAGGCCAGCCAGGGUACCGAGGAGCUCAGCCGCUGGCUGGGAGAACGGGAGAACAGCCUGCACCUGGGCCAGACUACCACCUCCCCCUCCAAACCUGAGUUGGUACGCGCCCAGGCCCAGGAGAACAAGGCCUUACUGUCUGAGCUGGCAGAGCAUUCUGGGAAGGUGGAGGAGCUGAAGAGCACCCUGGAGAAGCUGAUAGCAGACAACCCAGACUCCCCAGAGGCAGACACCUGGAGACAACAAAUGAAGGAGAUCGACUCCCGCUGGGCAAAUGCCAAUGAGACGGCAGUACAGAGGCAGACGGAACUGGAGACCUGUGCUGAUAGGCUGGGCAGCUUUGCCACAGCAGCCAGUCAGUUGGGGCCGUGGCUCAGAGAGAAGGAGCUGAUGAUGAGUGUGCUGGGACCCCUGAGCAUCGACCCCAACAUGCUGAACACCCAGAAACAACAAGCCCAGUUCAUGCUGCGUGAGUUUGAGACCCGCCGGCCCCAGUUCGACCAACUCACCCAGGCGGCCGAGGGCAUCCUUUCCCCAUCUGGUGGCGACUCCUCCCCGCAGGAUGCCAAGGACCUAGCGGAGGUCCGGUCCGAGCUGGGCUCCAUCUCUCAGCAGUGGGACGACCUCACUCAACGUCUGUCCCGGCGCUCUGAGGACAUCGACCAGGCCCAGGGCACCAGCGAGCGAUAUCAGGCCCUGCUGAAGGACCUUUCGGUCAGCGUGGGGGAGCUAGGCGAGCGGCUAGACGGCCAGGCCUCGCUCAGUGCCCAGCCUGAGGCCCUGAAACGGCGUCUGCAGGAGACAGGCGAGAUCCGCUCUGAGCUGGAGCAGAGGAGGGAUGAGCUGGACGAGGCGGAGAAGCUGUGCGGCGAGCUGAGCGCCAUCGUGGUUGAACCUUACCUGAGAGACGAGCUGAAGAAGAGGCUGGAGAGCGUCAGGAGCCCGCUGAGGAGCCUGGAGGAGAGGGCCACUGACGGUCUGUCUCAGCUCCAAGCUGCUCUCUCCAGCACCCAGCAGUUCCAGCAGAUGUUCGAGGAGCUGCAGAGCUGGCUGGACAACCAGGGUGGUCAAAGAGACUCUACCGCCGACUCCCUCCCUUGCCAGCCCGAGGCUAUCCGGACCCUGCUUGCCCAGCAAGACGAGCUUCAUCGCGGGGUGGCCAGCCAACGUGGCCCCUACGAGCUCAUCCAGGCCGAGGGGGCCUCCCUGCUCGCCAAACUACCCGCCGGCGGCGAAGAACGAUCAGCCUUACAGUCCCGGCUCGCCACCCUACGCCGGGACUGGGAUGAGCUUAAUCAGUCCAUCGUGGAACGCCAGAACCGUCUGAAAACGGCCCUGACCAAGGCCGAGAGUUACCAGCAACACCGCGCCAAGCUCACGCCCUGGGUGACAGAGUGCGAGAAGCGGGAAGCUGACAUCCAGCCCACCCUCGACCCAGCGGCCCUGGACGAGGCCUUGCAGAAGGCCAGGCAGCUGGGGUUAGACCUGGAGCACCAUCGCCCCCUCCUGGAGGAUUUAAACACCGCGGCCGACCAACUCCUGGAGCACUGCCGCGUCGGAGAGGAAGACAUACGCGACGAGAAAGCCCAACUCAACCGUAGAGUCGACAGGCUGGCAGAAAAACUCCAGAACUGUGUUUCCCAACUGGAAGAGUUAGCGGAUCGACUGAAGGAGUUCGAGGACGGGCGGCAGGCGGUGGAGAGGAGGCUGGAGGCGGCGCGGCAUCAGAUCGAGGUGCAGGAGGCGCUGGGCCCACAGGCGUGCAGCAACAAGAGCCUGGAGCGGCUGAGGAGCCAGCAGGAGACGCUGCACUCGCUGCAGCCACAGGUGGCCUACCUGAGGGAUCUGGCCCAGGGGCUGGUGCAGGACGCACCCCACACAGCAGGGGGCGACGGAGAGGGAGGACAGCGGCUGGAGCAGCAGGCCCGAGACACAGACAGAGAGUUUGGAGACGUCAGCGAAAAGAUUGAAAAGUGCUGUUCCACCCUGGAGUCCCGUCUCCAGGGUGUGGGGGAAGUCCAGUCCUCGGUACGCGACCUCUUCUCCCGCCUGGCCGACCUGGACGACGAGCUGGACUCGCUGAGCCCCGUGGGGCGCGAUGCCGACUCGCUCGCCUCGCAGGCGGAUGCCGUCCGCACUUUCCUGGCUCGCCUGGCCACGUUGAGGUCGGAGCUUGAAGGUCACGGGGGCGACUGCACCGCCAUGCUCCGCCGAGAGGGGUCGUCUCCCGAUCUCCUCGCCCUGAGGAGAGAGACUGAGGCCCUGAGCCGCCAGGCUGGGAAGCUGGCCGAGAGGGGCCAGGCCAGACUGGAGCAGAUCGAGGCAGCUGCCGAGAAGGUGGGAGAAUUCUACGCCCAGGUGGCGGAGCUGCAAGGGCUCCUGGGACGGGCAGAGGAAGGGCUGAACUCGCAGGGCGUGGUGGGGACGGAGGUGGAGACCAUCAAGCAGCAGCUGCACGAGUUCAAGGCAGUGGAGAGGGAGCAGGUGGACAGCAUUCAACCCAAGCUGCAGCACGUGAACGCGGUGGGCCAGGGCCUGAUCCAGAGUGCAGCUAAACACACAGACACCCAGGCCCUGGAGCAUGACCUAGAGACCACCAACCUCAGAUGGAACUCCCUCAACAAGAGGAUUGCAGAGCGCAUCGCCCAGUUGCAGGAAGCUCUGUUGCAUUGUGGGAAGUUCCAGGAUGCCCUGGAGCCUCUUCUGAGCUGGCUGAGUGACACGGAGGAACUGGUAGCCAAUCAGAAGCCCCCGUCAGCCGAGUACAGAGUGGUCAAGGCCCAGAUCCAGGAACAGAAGCUGUUACAAAGACUGCUGGACGACCGCAGAGCCACUGUUCAGAUGAUCCAGGGAGAGGGAGAGAGGAUCGCAGCCACGGCCGAGACACAGGACAAAGACAAGAUCCAGAAACAGCUGGAGAGUCUGGGAGAGAGAUGGGACGAGCUGCUGGAGAAAGCCAGGGCAAGGCAGUGCCAGUUGGAGGAUCUGCAGGCGCUGGCACUUCAGUUCCACGAGGCGGUGGAGCCUCUUGGAGAGUGGCUGAGUGCCACCGAGCGACGCCUGAGCACCGUCGAGCCCAUGGGAACCCAGACUUCCAAGAUCACCCAACAGAUUACAAAACACAAGGCCGUCCAAGAGUCCGUCUCCUCUAGAGGAUCCGAGGUCAACCGCCUCGAGGCCCUCGGCCAAUCCCUAGCGCCCCUCAGCUGCGCGGCCGACCGCGAUUGGCUGAGGGAGCGUGUGGGGGCGGUGCGGCUAGGCCACUCGGAGCUCAGUGAUUGGUGCCGAUGCAGGGCCGUCAUGCUGGAGCAGGCCCUGGCCAAUGCCCAGCUGUUUGGGGAGGAUGAGGUGGAGGUGCUCAACUGGCUGGCUGAGGUGGGCCAGCGGCUGGGACAGGUGUCUGUGCAGAGCUACCAGCCAGGGGUCCUCACCCAGCAGCACAAGCACACACUGUCCCUGAAUGAAGAGAUAGUGAGCAGGAAGAAGCAGGUUGACCAAGCCGUCAAGAACGGACAAGCCCUGCUCAAGCAAACCACCGGUGAGGAAGUUCUACUGAUCCAGGAGAAGCUGGACGGUAUCAAGUCUCGCUACGCUGAGAUGACGGGCGGGAGCAGCAAAGCCCUCCGCAUCCUGGAGCAGGCACUGCAGCUGAGCACGCGAUUCGCCAGCGCCCACGACGACCUCAACCACUGGUUAGACAAGGUGGAGGCGGAGCUCAAUGUCAUGGAGCCCGACGCCACGCCAGCCUAUCAGGACAGACAGAAGGAGCUGAAGUGUGUGUCGGCGGAGAAACGUCUGGUUUUGGACACGGUCAACGAGGUGGGCAGUGCCCUCUUAGACCUGGUGCCCUGGCGUGCCCGCGAGGGCCUAGACCGCCUGGUGGCUGACGCCAACCAGCGCUACCGAGCGGCGGACGAGACCAUAACCCAGCGGGUACAGCUGGUACAGGCUGCCGUCCAGAGGUCACAACAGUAUGAGGAGGCGGUGGACGCAGAGCUGACCUGGGCUGGGGAGACGGAGAGGAAGCUGUCCUCCCUGGGUCCUCUGAGUCUGGAGCCUGACGUCACCGUGGCCCAGCUACAGGUCCAGAGGGCCUUCAAUAUCGACAUCAUCCGACACAAAGACACCGUGGACCAGCUACUCCACACCAGGGACGACAUCCUGGAGACGUGCAGCGACCAGCAGAGAGACGCUCUGGUGGUGAAGACUGACUCGCUGACUGCCCGCUACGAAGUGGUGAGCCAGCGGCACCAGGAGCGUUUCUCAGCCCUGGAGCAGGCCCAGGUCCUGGUGGCCCGCUUCUGGGAGACCCAGGAGGAGCUGGAGCCCUGGCUGGGGGAGACGGAGACCCUUAUCGCCCAGCUGCCCCCACCUGCCAUCGACACCGAGGCCCUGCGACUACAACAGGAGCAGAUGAGGCUCUUGAGGGAGUCCAUAGCGGAGCACAAGCCCCACAUCGACAAGCUGCUGAAGAUCGGCCCCCAGCUGGCCGUUCUGAGUCACCAGGAGGGGGCCACAGUGAGGCAGCGCUACAGCGACGCCGAGACACGCUACGCGGCCAUCAAGGAGGAGGUCAAGGGUCGCGCCGCCACCCUGGACGAGGCUGUGUCUCAGUCUGCGCAGUUCCAUGACAAGAUGGACCCCCUAUUGGAGACCCUGGAAGGGGCUGUGCAGCGCCUCCGUUCCCCUUCUCCCGUGGCGGCGGAGGCGGAUAAGAUCCGGGAGCAGCUGGCUGAGCACAAGGCUACCGGCCUGGAGCUGGACAAACUGCUGCCCUCCUUCUCUGCCCUGUGUGCCCGUGGCGAGGAGCUCAUCAGUAGAGCAGCCCACGACGAUCCUGCCGCUGAAGCCGUGCAUUCCCGUCUCCUGCGUCUGCGCUCCCUGUGGGAUGAGAUCCGGCAGAGGGCUGAGGAGCGGGAGGGGAAGCUGACUGACGUCUUGGACCUGGCUGGGAAGUUCUGGGCCGACAUGGCGGCGUUACUGAGCACGCUCCGUGACUCGCAGGACAUCGUCAGGGAGCUGGAGGACCCCGGGGUGGACCCCUCACUCAUCAAACAGCAGAUAGAGGCGGCAGAGGCCAUCAAGGCCGAGACAGAUGGGCUGAGGGAGGAGCUGGAGUUUGUACGAACCCUUGGGGCUGAACUCAUCUUCGCCUGUGGAGAAACAGAGAAGCCUGAGGUCAAGAAGACCAUUGACGAGAUGAAUGUCGCCUGGGAAGGCCUGGACCGGACGUGGAGAGAGAGGAUGGAGAGGUUAGAGGAGGCCAUGGCUGCUUCUGUGCAGUACCAGGAUGCAUUGCAGGGCAUGUUUGACUACCUGGACAACACAGUGAUCAAGCUCUGUGACAUGUCCACUGUGGGCACUGAUCUGGGAACUGUCAAACAGCAGAUUGAAGAGCUCAAGCACUACAAGGUGGAGGUGUACCAGCAGCAGAUAGACAUGGAGAAGCUGUGCCACCAGGGGGAGCUACUGCUCAAGAAGGUCUCGGACCAGAACGACAGAGACAUGAUCCAGGAGCCCCUCACGGAGCUCCGACACCUCUGGGACAACCUGGGGGACAAGAUCAUCCACAGACAGCAUAAGUUGGAAGGGGCUCUCCUGGCUCUAGGUCAGUUCCAGCAUGCCUUGUCUGAGCUGCAGUCCUGGCAAAGUCACACCCACGCCACCCUGGACACACAGAGACCCAUCAACUCUGACCCCAAGGCCAUCGAGAUAGAACUGGCCCGACACCACGUGCUGAGGAACGACGUGCUGUCCCAUCGCUCCACGGUGGAGACGGUGAACGCGGCGGGGGCUGAGCUGCUGGAGUCCAGUCCCGGGGAGGAGGCCAACCACCUCCGCGACCAGCUGGACCACCUCAACCGCGGCUGGGAGAACCUGCUACUCAAGACCCAGGACCGGCAGAAACUACUGGAGGCCGCACUGCACAAGGCGGAGGGUUUCCAUGGUGAGCUGGAGGAGUUCCUGCAGUGGCUGAGGAGGACAGAGAGCCAGCUGUCUGCAGCCAAACCCACAGGUGGCCUGCCUGAGACGGCCCGGGAGCAGCUGCAGCAGCACCUGGAGCUUCAGACCCUGUUGGCCCAGCGCGCGGAGCAGUACAACCGGCUGCUGGACGCGGGGGAGUCCAUGUUGCUGUCCCGCGGGGGGGAGGAGGGCGGCCCCGGGGCUGGCACGACCCAGACCCAACAGAACUUGGCCCUGCUGCAGAACAAGUGGGCCAGCCUGAACACCAAGAUGGAUGACCGCAAGGCAAAGCUGGACGAAGCGGUGUCGCUGGCCUCAGGGUUCCAGUCCUCCCUCCAGGACACCAUCAACUGGCUGACCCAGGCUGAGCAGACCCUCAACAUGGCUCAGGCCCCCUCCCUCAUCCUGGACACCGUCCUCUUCCAGAUAGACGAACACAAGGUGUUUGUGAAUGAGGUGAACACCCACAGGGAGCAGGUUUUGGCUCUGGAGAAGGCCGGCUCUCAGCUGCGUUUCGCCAGUCUGAAGCAGGAUGUGGUUCUGAUCAAGAACCUUCUGCUGAGUGUACAGGCCCGCUGGGACAAGCUGGUGCAGAGGUCCCUGGACCGCGGCAGACACCUCGACGAAGCCCGCAAGAGGGCCAAGCAGUUUCAUGAGGCUUGGAGGAAACUGUCAGACUGGCUGGAGGAGGCUGAGAGCCGGCUAGACUCGGAGCUGGAGAUCUCCAACGAGCCAGACAAGAUCAAAGUACAACUGACCAAACACAAGGAGUUUCAGAAGGCGCUGGGUUCGAAGCAGCCGGUGUAUGACACCACAGUGAGGUCUGGUAAGGCCAUGAGGGACAAGACCACGCUGCCCGAAGACACCCAGAAACUAGACCACCUACUGGGGGAGGUCAGGGACAAGUGGGACACCGUCUGUGGGAAGAGUGUUGAGAGGCAACACAAGCUAGAGGAGGCCCUGUUGUUCUCGGGUCAGUUUGCUGAGGCCCUGCAGGCCCUGGUGGACUGGCUGUACCGUGUAGAACCCCAGCUGGCUGAAGACCUGCCAGUCCACGGAGACCUGGACCUGGUCUCCAACCUCAUGGACUCACACAAGGCCUUCCAGAAGGAGUUGGGAAAGAGGACAACUAGUGUUCACGCCCUGAAGCGCUCAGCCAGAGAACUGAUGGAGACGGGCCGCGACGACACCGCCUGGGUCAAGGUUCAACUGCAAGAGCUCAGCAACCGCUGGGACACAGUCUGUGCCCUGUCCGUCACCAAGCAGACCCGUCUUCAGCAGGCCCUCAAACAGGCGGAGGAGUUUCGCAUGGCGGUGCAGCUGCUGCUGGAGUGGCUGUCCGAGGCGGAGCAGACGCUGCGGUUCCGCGGCGUGCUGCCUGAGGAGGCGGAGACUCUGCAGACGCUGCUCCACACCCACCGGGACUUCAUGGCCACGGUGGAGGAGAAGAGGACCGACGUGAACCGGGCCGCGGGACAGGGCGAGGCCAUCCUCACCACGUGCCACGCCGACUGCAUCACCACCAUCAAACACUGGAUUACCAUCGUCCGCUCCCGCUUCGAAGAGGUCCUCACAUGGGCCAAACAGCACGAGCAGCGUCUGGAGACUGCUCUGACAGAGCUACUCAACAACGCCACGCUAUUGGAGGAGCUGUUGUCAUGGCUGCAGUGGGCGGAGACCACCCUAGUCCAGCGUGACGGAGAGACCCUUCCACAGGACAUCCCUCAGCUCAAAACACUCAUCACAGAACACCAGGUGUUUAUGGAGGAGAUGACCCGGAAGCAGCCUGACGUGGACAAAGUGACCAAGACUUACAAGAGGAAACCAGCAGAGCCCCCUAGCAGCCUCGCUGAGAGGAGAGGAGCUCGUAAAAACCAGCAGCAACAACAGCAUCAACAACAGGCGGCAAUGCAAGUCGCCGGGGGCAACCCCCGCUUGACUCAGCUAUGCUCAAGGUGGCAGCAGGUGUGGCUGCUUGCCCUCGACCGCCAGCGGAAGCUCAACGACGCCCUCGACAGGCUUGAAGAGCUGAAAGAGUUUGCCAACUUUGACUUUGACGUGUGGAGGAAGAAGUACAUGCGCUGGAUGAACCACAAGAAGUCGCGCGUCAUGGACUUCUUCAGACGCAUCGACAAGGACCAGGACGGAAAGAUCACUCGCCAGGAGUUCAUCGACGGCAUCCUGGCCUCAAAGUUCCCCACCAGCAGGUUGGAGAUGACGGCAGUGGCAGACAUCUUUGACCAGGACCGAGACGGUUACAUCGACUACUACGAGUUUGUGGCGGCGCUGCACCCCAACAAGGACGCCUACCGGCCCACCACCGACGCUGACAAGAUAGAAGACGAGGUGACCAGACAGGUGGCACAGUGUAAAUGUGCCAAGCGGUUCCAGGUGGAGCAGAUAGGAGAGAACAAGUACAGAUUUGGUGACUCGCAGCAGCUGCGGUUGGUGCGUAUCCUGCGCAGUACGGUCAUGGUGCGGGUCGGUGGGGGCUGGAUGGCCCUGGACGAGUUCCUGGUCAAGAACGACCCCUGCAGAGCCCGAGGCCGUACCAACCUGGAGCUGCGUGAGAAGUUCAUCCUUCCGGAGGGUGCUUCUCACGGCCUGGCGGCGUUCCGCUCCCGGGGCCGGCGCUCCAAACCCGGCUCCCGCACGGCCUCGCCCACCCGCUCCUCCUCCUCGGCCUCGCACAGCGCACAUAGCUGCGCAUCCUUGCCCUCUGCUCCCGCCACCCCCACCGCCUCCUCUAGGUCCUCAAACUCGCGUGGCUAUGCCAAGCCCUGGCUGGCACACAGUAAAACUCCAACACCAACCAAGUGCCAGUCCUGCCCAGACCACGACCACACCACCCCUGGGCAUGAGGGAGCAGCGUCGGGGUCCAAGCUGAAGAGGCCCACCUUCCACUCCAGCCGAGGGUCUCUGACUGGAGAGAAUGGAGGAGCUACACCCAUUUCUACUAAACCUGGACGUACCGACCCCAAGCGUACCCCAUCGGGGGCCAGUGGUCCGGUCAGCCGGGCGGGCAGCCGGGCGGGCAGCAGGGCAAGCAGCCGGCGGGGCAGCGACGCUUCGGAUGCCUCUGAGCUCCUGGAGACUCGCUCGGACACCUCGGACACCCCCCGGCGCCCAGGAGCGGCCAAGCCCUCCAAGAUCCCUACCAUCUCCAAGAAGGCCCCAAGCCCCAAGACACCCGCUUCUGGGAAGAAAUAGUGAAGGAGAUGUCAAAAAGACGUCAUAACAGCGUCAUACAGCCAACCAUAGAGUCGUCAACAUAACAGCGUCAUACAUCUAACUAUCGGGGCUGGUUUGACUCCAAGGGCUUCCCCAGCCCCCCAAAACACCAGCCAUGAUGAAAUAAGGAAGAUGUUCAGACUAUAGAAUUAGAUCAAGUAGAACGCACCAUCUCCCUUUCAAAGAGACGCUCUAUAGUGAACAGACUACUGGCGGCCAUAUUGGGUGUCACAUUUGAUCCAAACGUCCAUCCAUAGGGCCUGCAUGGGAUUCAUGCACCAAGACUACUGUAUGAAGGGCAGGGCGAGAGAGAGGGAGAGAUAGGGGAAGAUGUCUCUCUCUUCCUCCCUCGUACACACACUCUGAAAACAAACCUCACUGGGGGUGUCUGGUUCGUGCACUUAGACGGAACAGAACUUUCCCCUUUUAAAACCCAGAUCCCAGUUUGCCUUCCAGUCUCCUGUGUGCUCUGUCUCAUAACGGGAUUGUGCUAGACUGUUGUAGAGAAAGCCACAGCAAUUUGAACCGACAACCAACCAACAUAAUGCUGCCUUACUGUGUUACACAUUUCUGUCCUUACUUUUACCUAAUCUGAGUUCCAGAGAACGUUAGGUAGAGCCUUGUAACUACUUUGUGUAUGUACACACUGACACGCACAGAACUGAAUCACACACUCACACACACACACAUUGAGGGGAGAGAUUAAAUGACUCGGAACUUCCUGGAGAACGGCAUUCAAAAGAACUGGAUUGUGGGUAUUGUGGACGUUAUUUUUUUUCUCACCAUGAGUUCAACUGAAUAUAUGCAAUGAUUGCCGUCUUGUUUUUUUCCUCCCCUGGACUGGGAAGUGAAGAGGAAUGACACUUCAGCAUGUCUAUGGGUCGGGAACAUCCAGACUAGCGUGAAUCUACUGUUCAGUGUCUGGGCGGCGCCACUCUGACCACUUCCUGCACUGAGCUUACUGCCUAAACCUCAAGCCCAGGAGACUGCGGAAGUGGCGGGAAACACAUUGCAAUGUCCUCACAAACCCCUGCAACAUUGGAAGUGUGUUUAAAGGUGUGUAUGUGAGUGUGUGUUUGAUGGUAUGGAGGGUUUCUCAUGUUGUCCUAUAAUAUGAAACCUGGGUUUCUGAGAAGAAAAGCACUAUUUCUUGGUGGGACUCCACUAACAGCAGAAACAUGACCGUGUGAAACAAUGUAGUCGAUUUGUAAGGACACACAAUUUAAGCGACUAUAAUUCUACGAUUAGAGAUUGAAGACCAGCACACACUGACGGUGUAUCGCUGUAAUUCCACAUUGCCCCUCCCCCUACGUUGCCGCUGGAAACCCCAUGUUUGUACACGUGUGUAGUCGUCACGUGUUUACAGGGAUCAAAGGUCAUCGACUUGCGUCACUGUAUGCAGAGAUUUCAUUUGUGAAUGUCUUUCGUUCGGGUUAAUUUAUCAUCCUGUUGUAUUUUGUUUUAGUUUUGCUUUUGCAGUUUAAGAAAACAUUUAUAUUUAUUUUUCAGUUCUGUGUCAUCACCUUGGAGAAUGAUUAGUGUUAAUAUAAUGAAAUCAUGAUCUUUUGUACCAAGGAAAAUAUCUGCUCCUCUCUUCAACGUUGUAUGUUCUUACAUCUUAACAUAACUUUACUCAACUAGGAAGCUGACUUUCCAUGGCAGCCUUUUUUGCUAAUGACUACAACUCCCUGAACAUGACCAAAGGGGGUUGCCCUUAUUGUGUUGACAACAAAAAAAACUACAAAUAUGGAUGACAGGGAACCGAACCCCCAGUGUCCCUCCUUACAGGCGUUUGAAUUGUCAUGUCUUUGAUGGCUGCAAAUGUGCUCCUCUAUUUCUUAAUGUGAGAGCUGAAGUAUAUGAAAGCUUAAUGAACGCAAAUGUCAUCUUGAGGUGAUUUUAUUUAUUUAUUGUCUCCUUGGGGGCGGGGAUCCGGGGACGCCGAAGAGGAACCCACCUUUUGAUGCUGUGUUAUUCUCUGUGAUGAAGAGAAAAUAUGUCGGUGGGAGGGGGGUUAAGAAGUCAAUUGUGUAAAAUAAAAAAAGCUAAGAUUAUAAACCUUUUUUGUUCUCUUUUUGUAUUAAAAAUAUGCUUGCAGUAAAAAAAAAUGUCAUUUGU